GAAAAGAAGAAGGGGGAAACUUUUUUGUUUUCUUCUAAACGUCAGCAAAAGGAUUUUUUUUUUUCUGGUCACUUGGCUAAAAGUGCAUGUGAGUGAGAAGUUGUCCCUGCCCUAAAGAGGGAGAGAACACUAGCAAAGUUAUAGAGGAGAAACGAAAACUUCAAGAACUUGCACAAGCAGUGAGGAAGAGUGUGAAAGGGUGAAAAGGCUCAGUUUAAGAAAAAAAAGAAAGAAAAAAAAAAGAUUAAAGCAACAUAGAGGGGAAGACAGGAUCCCGUGAGAGAAGUGUUAGGAGAAUCAGACUACAGGAAAACUUUAAGGAUAAAAAGGUUUAUUGAGUAAGUAGGAAUCUUAAUUUGGGGAAUUCAAAAGGGCAGUUUAGGGGGUAUGGACAGGGAGCUUGGCCUAGACAAGCCAGGACCCCCUAACACAAUGCGCAUCUUGGAGACUCCAGAACUUGCCCACAGCAGGAAAAACUUUAGCGUCAGUCACCUCUUGGACUUAGAAGAAGCGGCGGCCGCUGGGAUGCAAGGACCAAGAGAUCUCAGGCCACCCAAUGAGGAUGAGGACAAAGAGCCGGUGUCGGGAGGAAGCAGUGACAGCGAAGUGACAAUCCAGGAAGGUAAGUCCCCUCCAAGCCGGCUUUGGGACUGUCAUCUGGGAUGCACCCUUUGAGAUGCUUCACAGAUGGGGGAGGGUUUAGCUCUGUGAAAAAGAGUGUGUAUGUUAUUUGUGGAUAAUACUGCAGAUGUGAUGGGCUCUCCCUCAUUGCAGAAGGGUCUGUUUGAGUUGGCAAUUGUUUUGCUUGAUGCUUGUCGAUUUAGGCCAAUGGUUCUACCUCUGGGUCGGUACCCAAAAUCGGGCCCUCAUGCUAUUUCACUGCGUCUCCAGUGAAUGGAAAUGACACAUCAUAUUCAUUAGUUCUCAGGCAACCACCCAAAGUCAUUUCUCUACUGCAGUGGCUCUCCAGUGGAAUUAUUUUUCAGAAUUUAUUUUGUUGUAUGUUACUAUUGAAAGGGAGUAACUAAGAUCAUUUUAUAACUGAUAAAUGAGUCUCCAAACUAACGCCAUGCGUGUAAUUUGCAUCUCUGUCAAAAAAAAAAGUUUAGAAUCACCAGUUAAGACAAAGUUGGUGUCUGAUUGUUGAUCUGGGAUGAACAACAUCAGUCCCAUUAGCACUAUUGUCAAUUAUUUGGGACUUAGGACAGUUGGAAAGUGAUUUCUAACAUCUGGCCUUCCAUUUGUCAUAGACUACAUUUCCCAUUAUCGUUUUGCAAUAGAAUGGAUAGCAAAGCAUUUUGGGAAACACAGUUUACCCCAAGUGGAGUGCCAAAGGUUUGUCAUCACUGCUUUAGCAAACAGCAAGCAUUUAGCACUGUGCUUUUUCUACAACUUAAUAUUAUUAUUAGAAUUUAUAUAGCACCAACUUAUUCUGCAGCGCAUCACAAUUUUGUAAAAGGGGGAAAUUUAACAAUAACUGAGACAAUUACAAAAUGUUACAGGAACAAUAGCAUGAUGAGGACCCUGCUCAAAUGAGCUGACAAUUUAGAGGUAUCAUAGAUUCUAAGCUCUUUGAACAAGGUUCUUUCUUUAAUUCAUUAGAUGCUCACCCAGUCUCCACUCCUUCAAAAAAUCGUUAAAGACCCACUUCUUCAUAAAAGCGUAUCAAUUGAACUGUUAAUAGCUCCCGACUGAUUCCUCUUCUGCAACUGUCACUAGUCUAAUAUUAUCCUUACCUUUUUGUGUAAUUUUACCCCACUCCCUCUAGCAUGUAAGCUCAUUGAGCAGGGCCCUCAACCCCUCUGUUCCUGUGUGUCCAACUUGUCUGGUUACAACUACAUGUCUGUUCGUCCACCCAUUGUAAAACGCUGCAGAAUUUGAUGGCGCUAUAUAAAUAACAUAAUAAUAAUUGUAACGCGCUGCGGAAUAUGUUGGCGCUAUAUAAAUGCAAAUCAUAAUAACAUAAUACUACUUAUUAUAGAACUGCCUAUUGGCUAUCUCUUGUAUAUAGACUCCAGAGGAUGACAUGGGUUUGUGCACCACUUCAAAUCAACUCACACCUUAGUAAGUCUCCCCAGUGGGCUUAUAACUAAUGCCACUUGUUGCUCCUGUAUCCAGAUAGUGGCACUACAUGGGUAUGUGUGCAAGUUGGUGUUAAGUGGGGGAAGAGUUGUUCUUGAUGAAUGCUUGUACAGUACAGUAUACACACUUUCAGUAACCAUUAGAACUUCCCUAAACUGGAUAUGGAAUUCUCAGUGAUCCGUCCCAAAAACCUCUUUGCUCGGGAUGGUUUCAAAAACAAAUUUAUGUACUAAUCUGAUAUUCUUCAUCUCGGUUGCAGAAUGUAUAUCAGUGAAAGUAAAUUUUUAUUUGAUGUCAGACCUCCAUACUAGCUAUAUUUGAAAGGGUUUAAGUUUGGAUUAUGUAGCAUUGACAAGGAAAAUGCAAAGUUUAGGCCAGAAUAGGUCAACCUUUUUUCCAUUUCCCCAUUUAUGUAUCUAACACAGAGAUAGGCAACCUUCGGCACUCCAUAUGUUUUGGACUACAUCUCCCAUAAUGCUCUUACACCCAUAAUGCUGGCAAAGCAUCAUGGGGAGGGGUGUAGUCCAAAAACAUAUGGAGUGCCAAAGGUUGCCUAUGCCUGAUCUAACAAUUAACAAUUCCCUCUUACUUAUCCACAAUUCUUUCUGUAAUAAUAAAUAAGCCACAAUGUAUUAUAAGCAUAUCUGUCAAAACAAAUGAAUAGAUUAAGUCUGUGCAAUUGAUUUUGUGUUUUUGUGUCCACCAGACAUUAACAGAUUAAUUAAUGUAGUUUUAUUUAUUGAUUAUAAAUCAUCAUUUGCUCUCAAUACAAGAAUUGCACUGAAUGAAGAGUAAAGGGGGUCUUCCAAAAUGAUUACCUAUUCCAAAAGACAUUCUUUGUGUCUAUUGCAGGAGUCUAUUGCAUUAGAAGACCUUCAAAUUAUUGGGUUUUGUUUUUUAAAGCUGAUAGUAUGACGUAAUGCAUGUCUGAAAUGAACCGAUGUUAGAGAUAAUGGACAAAAACAAAAAAAACACAUGUAUUGUUUUAAGGCCAAUUGGUAAAUUCAAAACAGUCAGAGUGGUUAGCGAAACCACAUUUUCUGUUUGUUUUAUUUUGUAGCGAUUUAGAAUCUGUCAUUUUUCGUAACGAGUGUUCAGUUCGUUUUCCGCGAACCUGCGUCAUUACAUCAAUUCCCGCGUGUGAUGAGACAGAAUAUGUGAUCACGUGUCGGUGCACUGAUAGAAGUUUUUUUUUUUUCGCUGGCGAAACCGCAACCACAAUUCACGUCAUUUACUCCUGUAACCCUUAUUUCAUUAUUUCAUGAGAAUCUUCCUUAUGUUUGAAGAGUAGUUUUAGUGCCAAGUUUCAAACGUAGAGCUAUCACUAAAGGAAACCAAUGAAAUGUUAAUACUGAAUGGGCCACAUUUAGCCAUGUGCCCAAAAUUAGUUCUUUAUACAUGCUUUGCUUUAAAUGCACGUUAAAUAAGUAUGUAACUGGUUCUGCCCUGGUUACAGUCUAACCAGAAUCCUACUUCUUUUCAGUGAUGCAGAUUCCCAUCAUGUCUAACUUGCCUUGGUCCCAUGUGCUUAGAUUGGACAUUCGUCUUCGGAUUCUGUCUUUUUUUUUUUUUUUCAUUUCGUUUUAUUGUAAAUGUUACAACAUACAGGAAUGUAAAAAGGUAAAAUAAUCCAAACGGAUGAAAGCUAACAAAACAGUGGUUAUUAUGUCAUGAAUCAAGUGGACGUGCAGUUUUUUUUUGUAAGAAAGCUUAGUAUUACCUACAAAACUUUAAUUAGGGUUUUAACGUAUUUAGUAAGGGUGCUUACAUAGAGUUCAAAAUAAUCUGGCGAUCUUAAUCAGAAAUUACCUGGUGAUCGUGGCAAAAAUGUCGAUCUUAAUCAGAAAUUACCUGGUGAUCGUGGCAAAAAUGCGUACAGCGUCUCCACUGCUCAGCCUCUCCCCCAUUCGUAAAUAGACAGGUACCUAAAAACAAUGGUAUUUCUUAGAGGAAUCAUCAGCACCCGUGGGACUUUAGUUUAUAUAGGUGGCCAACCAAGUCUGACUUUUUUAAAACUGUUGGUUGUAAAACCGUUUUCAUCAUCAUUUAGUUAAAAAGUGCCAAACUCUAACAGAGUUAUUUGCUAAAGUAAGAAUUCAAAGUAAAUUUUAAAUUUAAGGUGAAAAUGCCGAAUUGGAAAAAAUCCUCUAAUUCAGCUAUUUUUCAGUCUGAUUACUCUGGAAUUAUGUUCGAAAUUCAUUUUGAAUUCCCACUGUAGUGAACAUCCCUGUAAUACACUAACGGACCAGUAAUCUCAGCAUAACUUGCACCAGACACUCUUUAUACCAGACAUCAUAAACUCGUAAAAUUAACGAUCCACUUUAAAGGACGACAUUUCAAAUAUAUACAGUGUGUAACAGUGCACCUUGAGAAAUGCUUAGCGUCACAUCUCACUGCUUCAAAAAAUUUAUUUUAACACAUAAAUAUAUAAUAUUACAGUGCCCCCAUUUGUGAUAAAUUAUGGGAAACCCCUAGAGCACAAUGACAAAUAACCAUUUUCACGAUUGAAGCACAACAGGAUGUAACUGAAAGGAUUUAAAAAAAAAUUAAUCAAUCAAAUUAAAUAAAAAAGGUAUAGUGCUAAUCCAUUAUAAUGUUACUUUUGUGCAAGACAUAAGCUGUCUAUUGACAUAUACCCAGCUAUCACUGGAACAAAAUCCCAAUGAUGUUCACACGUCAGACAGUUGGCCAUGCAUUCCGGGAUUUGGAGACUAAAAUUAAGAAACUGUUGUUCAACCCUCUAGAUAGAAGCAUAAAUAAUACUUUAAAAAUUACAAAAAAAAAACCAUAAAUGUACCUUGGUAGGGGGUAGGAAAGUAAAUGCUUAAUGUAAGCAAAGCUAAGGACUGACCCGGAAUGUCAGGACACUUGGCAGGUAUGUGUGUGAUAGUGGAGAAUAACCAGGUAACACUUGGCAAAUAGGAAGGGCUACGGAAGGUAUUGCGGUAGAGUAAGGUACCAAGGGUAAGUACAGUAGAGAGAAAAGGGUUGUGUUUUUAUUUUUAUCUUCAUAUACAUAGUUUAUAUUGUGUAAUAAAAUAAUUCCAACAUGUCCAAUCAAAUAUUUGAUACAAUUGCUAACAAAUAACCCGUCAAUACUGCACGAAAUAAAGCUUUCACUGCAGAGAUGUGUUAAAUACAUACAUUCUGUACGCGGUAAUGAUGGAUGUAAUAUUUAUAGCGUCUAUUUAUAUUUUACAUAGCAUUGAUACUGGAGAAAAUCUCAGAAUACCUUUUGAUAUUGUAAGAAUGUACAAAUGAGCAACGCAGUUUAAUGAUAAAGUUUAAGGUAAAUCCUAGCAGUGUUAUUCAUGAAGUUUGAAUUAAUGGCAAUUAAAAGUGAAGUUUCAAUUUUCAGCGCAAAAAACUGAAUUGGAAUCACAGCUAACUUGGAGAAUUUUCUAUUUCUGGUUUUGGCCUAACAUUUUAAAUUUUCUUAGAGGUCCUGACAAUUUGCUUAACCUAUUAUUGUCACAGACUAUGACUGCUAUGAUGCAAGUCACUGUGACCGGAUUGCCUUAGAAUUCAGAUUUCUCAGAUUAUCCGUGUUUGGCCCCAAACGUUUAAGUAUAAAAAUCGAGGUCUUUAUUACCACUGCAUGGCCGUAGAGUGUAAGCUCACAUGGCUACAUCAAGACAGACCCCUUAGCCGAGUCCUACACACAGUGUUUUUAAACCCUGAUACUCUCACCCUGACUUGUACUCAGCCCAGAGGCAAUUCUCUAAUGAGACAGAAAAGGGGGAUUCUCAUAAAACCUGCACUAAUUAACCUAAAUAGAGAACACAUGGGGUUUUAAAUACAUACUAGCGCAAGACCCACUUAAGACGUUUGCCUUGAUACUGGCAGGUGAACUUGCAGUCUAUUGUCCAUUCAUGGGUAUUAAAAACUUUAGUGUUUAUUUUGUUAUAAACAGCACACGGCCAUAAUACACACAGCAGCGCCCCAACAGGGGGAAGGAGGGGGGAUUACAUCCUGGGUGGAGGUCCCACCAUGGGACACCAACUUUAACUGGUACUGUGGUGGUUCAGAGCUAACUAUGCAUGGCAUAGGUGCCUUUUAGAUUCUACGUUUAAAAACAACAACCGUAAUGAUGCUCUGUGUACAACAUGGCUGCCUGAGAGUCACCAGAGUGGUAGUCCAGAGUAACCAGAGUGACAGAGGAUGUAUGUAAACAACAAAAGCUGCCACAUGUAUCCAUCUAUUCUGCAGCGCUGGGUUGCUGCUCUCUGCUAGUAAAAAGAAAGUGUGGUACUCUAAUUUAUCUCUCCUCCUUCUAACCAUUAAUGACUUGUAGCUAAAGAAAGACACAUGUUCUUAUUAUUGUAAUUUAUUGCCCGAGCAGCAAUACCAUUUUCACAGACAGGAAGCAAUAAACUCAUAUUGCGCCAUGCAGAUACAGACUGUAAGAAAUGGUUAUGACUCCGGGUUAGUGAUUUUGAGGGCUUCAUCUGUUUUUAUUUUGUAAUUUUUUACCUCAAAAUCAAUUGCUUUUAAAAUGAGGGCAAAACCUGGCGCUCUCCAUACUUAUUAGAAAAUCCAUAACUCUGUGAGCAAAAAGUAUUUCGGUUUCUAUUUAGUAUUCUAUUUCCAUGAUUUUUCUGUUUUGUUUUCAAUGUGUAACAAUUAAGCUAUGAUCUAUACCGGGGGUAGGCAACUUUUAGCACGCCAGAUGUUAUUAUUAUUAUUAUUUAAUUAUUUAUAUAGCGCCAACAAAUUCCGUAGCGCUGUACAAUGGGUGGACUAACAGACACAUAAUUGAGAUCAGACCACUGACGUACAGGAACAGAGGGGGUUGAGGACCCUGCUCGAUGAGCUUACAUGGACUACAUCUCCUAUAAUAGCAUUAUGGGAGCUGUAGUCCACAACAUCUUGCGUGCCAAAGGUUGCCUAUUCCUGGACUAUACUUUAGUUGCAGUCAUACUUGAUAAAGGUUGCCAUAAUUUUACAAAAUGUGGAAGGCAGACUUGAGUGAAAAUUGGAAUUUUAGGCUAGUGUAGCCAAUGCGGAAAGAUUCCCAAAGUCAGCAAUUUUUUUCUGUAAGGCUUCUUUUAAUUUAAUGUAUGCUAAUAUACACUUGGACUCUCCUUGCUUUGGCACAGAUAUUCUGUGUCCAAUCAGAGAAGGAUUAAGAUGCCAUGGGAUCCUACGCAGUUUACCAUCAUGGUUAAUUGGUAGAGAUUUUGAUUGGGACUAAGCAUUUAAUGGCACCCAGGCCCCAUCUAACUGGACAGUAGGCAGCUGCCUUACGUGACUCUUUUGUCCAUCUGUUGUUGGUCUUAAAUCCCAUUGCCAGGUCCCGGGGUCAAGCCUCAUUUUCUUGAGUUUGGCAAGAGGAGUGGCUUGUAGCCUCACCUGUCUCCUUUCGAGCUUUCUCCAUGAACCGUGACCUAUGUACCUAUUUUAUAUGCAGCACCAUCCAUCUCAAUUGGCACUGUCCCUUUCCAACCAGCAAUGGAACUUUUAUGGUCUGAACUGCCCACUUUAAUAUAUAUGUGACCUCUGCCUUCUUGCUUGAAUAUUAAGGAAAUGGGGUGUUUUCCAGGUAAAGCGAUCAUGGAUGUUCCCAUAAUAUAUCAUUUUGAACUUUUUUAAAAUGUAUUUUUAUUUAGCCCACCAUUACAAAUGAUUUCCCAGAAGAUUAAUUGUAUAAAAGAAGUGCCUAAGUCCUUGACAUAAUAAGGAGGUACCCUAAUUCUGGCAGGUUGCACUUCAAAAGAGAAGUUAAGUACAUUAACAAAUAAAAUGUGUUUGUAGUAUCAUUUUUUUUUCAUUUUCUUUCUCUCUCCGAAAAUCGAUAAGUUGGUACUACAAAGGACCAAUCCAAAAUCCCACCACCAUAGAGGCAGUGCCACUCUUGUCCCACGCACUCAAAUUCACUGUCCACCACAUUUAUUCUUUCAACUCAUAACAUCAUAAGGGUACGGGGGGGAAGGGGGAGAGGGGUAAGAAGGUCUCAUGGCGCGUUUUCUCACCAAAACCGAUAUAUUUUCCUGGUUUUUUUUUCCUCUUCAUUAAAAAUAAAAUCAAUUUUUUUGUCAUUUAUUAUACAUUUUUAUACUGCAGAAAUACAAGAAAAGGGAUAUUGACCAAAAUGAAGUCAAAAGAAUGAUGAAAAAAUAUAUACCGUAUAUUUUUUUUAUGAACAUAAAAACAAAAAACAAACAGCCUUUAAAAUAUACAGGUCCCCAUUCCCUUUUGAUGUUGUGAGUACAGAAAUGCCUAGGCAGUAAAAUAUAUUUUCUUUAUGUUUAUUUUACUGCUUAGGCAUUUCUUAAUCGUCUGCCAAUUAAAGGGUUAAUAAACAUAUUCUGUAAAAAUAAACCAGUAAGCGCCCCUGGUCUCUAGUUGCUUUUGCACUUAUUUUAAGAAUGAUUUUGCUUCUAGGCUUAUGUCACUGUUUAUUCUGGCCUCAGCAAGUUGUUUUUUUUUCUUGUGUUUUGUAUUUAUUUGUUUAUGGGGAAAGGGGUUUUUUAAAUCUCCGCUCAUUUAAAGCAAAAGCACACACGCUCCUACUCAGUAAGGGUUAUUGGGCAAUCAUAGGGCAGCAAUAUACCAGCCAAAAGGGACAAGCGAGGGAAACCCAUCUUCAUCCACCCAGAAAAGAUGUGUUGUACUUGAGGAAAUAAAAAUUAGGACAAUAUUAUUAUUAUUAUUUUAUUAUUUAUAUAGCGCCAUCAGAUUCGGUAGCGCUGUACAAUGGGAUUGUACAAUAUUUGCUAAACCUGAAGAAAUUGUGGAUAACCGAAAGGGUAAUUGCAAAUUCCAGUACAGAUUACCUAGAAAAAAAAUAAAGAAAUUUGAAGAAAUAUCAUAUAGAUUGUAUUUCCAUGCAAUUAUUUAUUCCCAGAGUUCCACAUUGUAUCAUGGCUCACAAUUGGCUCUCAUAAGCUGGCAAGCCAAAGACCACCACAAGAGUGAAGCCAAAGACCACCACAAGAGUAAAAAAGUGAAUUUCAAAUUUUAAGCCAAAUUGAAAAAUAUAGCUAACUGAGAAUUUCACCAGUUUGGUUUUCUUGGCCUAAGAAUUGAAAUUCACUUAGGGUUUUCCUUAGAUUUUCAGCAAUUCACAUCUUUUUGAAGAUGGGAAGACCCCGUCUCGUUAUGCACAUAGAAAAACAUAUGUUUUUCUAUGACUAAUGCUAGAGCAGUGCUAUUAGCUGCACCAGGUGAAACCUUGAUUUUUCAAAGAGCAGAAAAUGAAUUUUUGUUGGAGGAACUAAAAAAAAAAAUAACUAGAUGUAAUUUUCAUCAAUUAUCUAACGAUUCUGUAAAUUGUUGCCAUCUGGUAGAUGAAUAGAUAAUUUGGAAGUACUUUUGCCAAAUGUAAUCUCCAGAAGUACCCAAAUUCUAAGAAGAUAGUAGUUUGGACUCUUCAAUAGGUUGUAAGCUUUUCAGCCCAGUCACAAACAGGGUUAUUAACUAAUAUGAGAGUUUCAAAUGUUGGGCCCCAAUAGCCGACUUGUUCUCAAUUCAUCAUUUGACCUAAAAUUUUAAAUCCAAUGUAUCCUUUAGUGAAUAACCUGUAUGUGUUAUACACUUGGGGAGCUACAUUUUGGCCAUCUCUGUUCUAGCAUGUGCACCAUAGCUGGCUAACAGAACGAAUAUGAAUUUCUACAUUUUGGUUUCAAAUGAAAUGAACACUCUAAGUAAGUGCUGCCUAUAGUAACAUAGCUUGAUAUGACCAGGGAUUCUUUUCUGAACCCCUCCUACCACUUCUGAUUGGUUGAGACAACUGGAUUAACACACCUAACCACUCUUAACCAAUCAAAGUUGUCCAGGAUAAACAAAACUGGCAUUCACAAUAUGGAAGUAUUAAUUUGGAAUUCUCAAUGCAACUGAGAUGGGGGUGGUCCUACGGUGCCAGUAAGACCCCUAUUUUAUAUCAAACCAUUAUUAAAUCGUUUGCUGUUACACGCAGGGUGGUGCCAGAGUCCCUAGGGCUAGGCAGUAUAAUUACCAUAGCAAGCUGGAAGAGUUAUGCUACUUUGAGUGUCCCUUUAAACAAUCUGCCGCUGUCUAAUGGAAUCCAAAAUGAGUCGCCAGAGUGCAGCCCACUACAAAAUAACAUUAUCAGCUGAACCAGCUUCAAUUUAGAGAAAUAAGUAUGGAAAAUGAUAAACAAAAGAGUUCAGUCCCAUGCUGCGUAUUACAGCUACACAUCUGUUUUGGGGAAUAAACAAACAUUUGGAUUUUAAAGAACAAUGUGUGAUUGUCAGAAAGACAGGUUUUCUUUGUGGGGAUAGGGCUGUUUUUGUGGUCCCUAUUCUGGGAUGUUGCAUUCAUUCCGUUUUCAGUUUAGGCGGAGGGGGGGGGGGAGAGAGGAGGUGGGUUUUGGAAAGAAGCUCUCACAGUCUUUUUGUCUCUGAUGGAGCCUGUGGCUGAGCGAGGCGCCAGUAACUGACAUUGUACCAGAUGUUGGGAGGCGCCGUAUAAAAGCAUCACACGCAAGGAGAGUGCAGCCACAUGGCACAGGAGGGAACUUAUGGGUGGAGGGAAGAGGGGGGGUUAUAGAACACAUUUUUUUUUUUUACCUACAGCUUAUUGCAUUGAUGCUAUAAAUGUAGUGUUUUUAGGAAAACGGUAAAUACAAAAGCAAAUUAACAGGGAUGAAGAAUUACUACAGAGUGAAGAAUAACUGUCAGUUUUGGAAAACUCAGGGUUUUGGACACCCUGCCAAUGCUUUUUCUUAAUUUUAAGAGCCUCAGAUUGAUUGCAGUUCCAUAUAGCAGUAUCCAUUUGACUUCAUCCUUGAAUAUAACCCUGAAGGCAAAGAUAAUGAAGGGAAGGAUAGAGGUCAGCAAUGUUAAUUGCAAAAAAAAAUAAAAAAUAAGAAAAAAAAAUGUAGCCAUUGGUAUAAAGGAAAUAAGUGUAUAGGAAGAGAACAUGUUAAAAUAGAGUGAUUAGAGAAUAAAGGGUGAGUUUGAGGCCGUGGUGAAUAACUUUAAGUAACAUAACCAAUACAGCUCGCUGGACCUGAUGUGUUUUGGGAGGUGAGUUCUUAUUUAAAGGGACACUCCAAAUACCAUAACCACUACAGCCCACUGUAGUGGCUAUUGUGACAAAAAUUGCAAUGUAGCCUCCCUCAAUAUUUUACAUUGGCAUAAAAAAAAUUACAGCGUUUAUGCACCAAAAUCACUCCGUUAGAUGCUGAACCUUUGCUAAUGUAAUAGAUUUAGGAGUAAAAAUAUAAAUUUGUACGCACUUUUGAGGGGAAAAAUUGCAUUUAUUUAUAGUGAGGAUAAAGAACUAAUCCUUGUAAGUCUCCUUUCAACUCCUUACAAUGCACUAUUUAGUGAAAAAGCCUCCUGUGCACACACUGCUGGUUGUCUAGUUUCUCAGACACAUGUGUAAGUGUGUUUUAUACUGGGAUCAUACCUGGGGUUAAAGGGUAGUGGGGUACCACACAGACACCACAUUGAGACAGCCCCAGAUCUGGGAAAUCUGGGAGGCAUGUGCUGAGUAACAGAUCGCAACAAUAAUGAUGUCGUCCUUGAUGAUGUUGGGCUCAGCUGUAGGAGUUUGCAAACAAUUAAUUAAUGCAAAUAAUAUGUAAAAUAAUAUGAGUGUCAUCUCACAUUCUGACAUCAGAAGGCUGAAUACAUGGAUUUAAUGUAAACCUGUGAUUUGCAUGCCUGUUGGCAUUACUAAAUGAUUUAUGAAAGGCAUAGCUCGUAAAUUUUACAAUUUUGAAUCAUAUAUUUUAUAAUGAAAUGUGGUUACAAGGAAAAAUAUAAAUAUGUAUCACUUUGCUUCCCUGGGCUUACAUCGCUACACCUCAGUCCUUGUCUAAACGAUGCCAGAUCAGCUUUUACCAAAGGAGUGAGGUUACUAAAUGGGGAGGAGUGACCCUGAAGAUCACGUGACCAGUAAUAAACAUGGCUGAUCAUACAGCUUACAUGGGCUUUUACAAUUCAUAUUAAAAUUAUGUGUAAACUUACCAAUAUAGUUGACAUUUUUUCACCUGCAUGUUUACGCAUUCCUCAUUCUGUAGGGCAGUGCUUGCAUGUGCUUUCUUACAGUAUAUGGUUUGAUAUCGUAUGCUCCCAGUCUGAAAUCAAUUCAUUAAUCACUGCCAUCAUCCCAAGUGAUUCUAUAAGAUUAGUUAAUUUAUUUCACAAUGGGAGCAAAUUGUAUUCUACUGUGUGUAAGAUGAUGCCAUAUUUCUUUAGAUACACCCCCACCCCCACCUUCCGAUACACCCACAUACACUGUGUGGCAAGCAAACUUACAGUAAUCUAUGUUUUAAUACAUUUUUCUCUUUAUUGAGUCGGGUUAAAGGGUUGACCAAUUACGGAAAGCGUUGACUGCUACAGUUUUAACCCCAGAUUUUAAUCCCAUAAAUGUGGAAUAAAGAAAGAAUGAAUUCUGUGAAUUAAGAUUGCUGCUAUGUAUUCUUUAUAUUACAUCCUCAUCUUAGUCUACGUUUUGUAGCAAGAGGGUGGUUUCCCUGCGGUCCAUUGAAGAUUGGCCUGCAUUGCUACCAGUUUGUGAAGCAUUGGCCCAUGCAGGCCACAGUGCUCAACCAGGCCCCUUAAUGGGUUUCUGGCUGUACCGGAACUGGGUAACACUCAUAAACUGCAGGAUCCAUCUUGGUUAAUGGUCUUGUAAGGGCUACUGUUAGUGUGUGUUAGAAAAACAUAAGUCUGCCAUGAUUAUAUCUGCAGUUAGCAUUCUCCUCUUUCCUGAUGACUGGAGACGUCGCUGGUUUUGAAGAGGGCAUUGCAUCCUGUGAGGUUAAGUGGUAAAACCCAACAAUUCACGAGGACAGCACCCAAUCAUCUCUAAACUUCACCAGCCGUCACUGAUUACAAACGUGUUGACAGACAAUGGAACAUUACUUUAAAUAUAACAAACCCAAAUGUUUAGACCCAUAUAGGUUAAACGGUUUUCAAUUUUUUAUCUCCUCUGUGUCUUUAUUAUGUAUUCACUGUGAUUACCGAAACCUGCUGAGAAUAGCAUUUUCCUUCUUACCCCUAUAACUAGAGCGAAGUUUCUUCCCAUGUGCAAGUCACAGUUUUACACAAGGUGUCUCACAAAGUCUCAGAACCCUAACUCUUUACAAAGGCCUUCCUUCCCUUUUCAGCUGCAAAUAUGGAAGCUGCUCAGGUUGGGAGAGCAGACAGCACCAGUGGGAGAGGAAGCGAACAAUUGUAUGAAUAGUUCACAAAUUCAACUGAAUUGUGAAAAAUAAAUAAGCAAACCAAAAGUCGUCUAUCGCAGGUCUUUUGUAUUUGACUGGAGCAUCCCGAUGUGGCUGGGUUGUUCUACACAGUCAUGUCUGAAAGGAGUUGCUUUAACGUUGAUACAUUGUAAGUAAUCUAUUGUAUUUUCAAUGUGUAUCACUGGACAGCAGAUCCCUUGACCUUCUUCUUUGAAAGUGGAAAAGUCUCUGGAAGUCUGUCAACUGUGAUCAAGGAACUGUAGGGGGUUGGUUCCCACAGCCCUUCCUAUGACACUGGAUCUUGGAUUAUGAACCUAUUUCCCUCAGGACGACUGUAAUAACUUCCUUACCGCCUCGUCUUGUGACUUGCACACUAAUAGCCAACAUGCUGACAGGCUUGCCUGGUUCCGCCUGCUAUGGUUUGUUUACCCACAUGUAAGUAACACCCAACCAAUACUUUAUUUCAAGCAGAGCAGUGGUUGAAAUUCUUUCCUUUAACUCCUUAAGCUUUGAUUCUGCCUUUGGACGUUGGUGAUUACCUAUCAUUUUAUGAGGAAGGGUCUCUCCUCAUCCAGGAAAAAAACCCUCAGCUUCAACCAAAAACCUGUUAGGGAAAUAUCCCAAACUGGAUGGACGGUCAGUAUUUGGAAUUUGAGAGAUUGUGUGGUAGAUCUGCAAUUUGGUUGGUUUAAAAAAAAUUACAAAAAUCACUCUACAUCUGAAGCCGUUAUCUGAUCAAAUGUGUUCUAAUACAGUUGCAGAAGCAAACCAUGUCAUUUGUUUUUGUGUCAGAGUGUUCGUACCAAUUUGUAUUCUCAUGUACGUGAUUGAGAGUUCUUGAUAUUUUUCUGGGUAGUUUUCUGGGAUUCUUAGCUUUUCGGAUUUACCAUGUUGUUUAUGGGUUUACCCACCUAAGGAGAACUUUAGCAAUAACUGUUGAGUUUUUUUUCUUUGGGAUUCUGUGUAAGGGUUAACAUUUUGUUUGACUGGCCUCCAGCUGAGCACAUUUCGAAAAUUUCCUUUUCUCAUAAUGUCCUCAGUAUCUGCCAAUUUUUCUUCUUGUUAAUUUAAGAACAGCCCCAGAAAUAGCUUUAUGAGGAUUAAAUAGCACAUCAAACCACAUUCACAGCAUAAGGAAAAUCCUGUUUCAUUUUUAGCACCAAGGGACUAUGGGGAAAAGGGGGUUCUUGCCGGAGGUCCGGUAAUUUCUGUCUUCAGCUCAUCCUCCCUGUCAGAGGUAAAAGGUCGCUGAGAACAUUUUUAAACAGCAUAUUCAUGAACCCACAUCCCCUUUCCUCCUGAUUCAUCAGUCUGGGAGCCCUUCUUUUAACUUUAUGCCUCAUAGAGAGAAGUUGCAAGACAUUGCAACAUCUGCUAGCCCAAGAGGCCCCACGAUGUGAAGUCAGAGAUUAUCAGAGGUGUGAUAUGAAUUAAUUGCCUGAGCUUGAGUGUCUCCAAAUACUACACUGAAAUCUUUACUUUCACAGGACUUCGACUAAUACAUAAUGGUUUGUUUUACGACCCUAUGGAAUUAGGGAGAGGAAGUUAAAUCAUGUUCGCCAUCCUUCUGCCAACAUUAUUAAUUUCGCUUACUAAGCAGAGUGGCAUUGAGUGAGACUAGUUAAUCACUCUGCGUUUUGGACCACCAGACCCUUGGUUUGUAUUCUACCCUCUGCCAGUUGGGAGAUCGGGUCGUUUUACACCCAAAACACCUCCUCAGAGGUCACAUCUAAGCUCUGCCGCGUUAAUUUGUAAAAUCCGCAGAGAGAAGGAUUUGAAUUAGAUUAUUUUCCCUCACCUGUCAUCAUCCGGUAUCACAUUUCCAGUUUAUUUUCUAGCUGAGCUGCUAAUUAAUUAAAUAGCUGAUCUGGUGACGGGGGAUAUAGUGCAGGGAAAGGUGGUGGUUUAAUGGUGGGGGCUACCGAAAAUCGCAUUAUGCCCUCAUCACCUUCCAGAGAAUAACAAACACAGUAAUAUGCUCUCCAGCUCAGCCUGGCCUAUGUUUAUUUAUAUAUUUGGGAGGAUUUAUAGCCCUCUCUUAGGCCCACUUUUCGGAUGACAAAAACAUGAAUGAAAGACCUGUAACCCUUUCUUGAAAUGCUGUACUGAGACACUGGCAGCUAUACUCGGUUGGCUGCCUGAUUUGGUGUCGUACUGAAGCGGUAAUUCCAAAGGCUUAACUAUUAUUUAUAGAGAUCAAAUGUUAACACCAUUGAAUUGCUACAUGUUCACGGCAAUUAUGUGUUACACACCAAACACCUAAGGACUGCACAGGCACUAAUAAUCUUAAUUCUAUAGGUUGGAUUGAAAUCUGUAAAUUUGUGAGUGUUCCAUAAGUCUGUCUUAGAAUGAUUUGUGUUUUGAGGUUACAUCAAUCAUCUCUCUCUUUUUUAAUAUGUAUAUUUUGCAUCCAGGAAUAUCUUUUGUGCUUCAAGGUCGCAGGCUCCAAAAUAAUGUCAUCAUUAUUAGAAGCGAUCUCAACAGAAGACAGAGCAAUGAAGCUUGCUUAGGAUACUAUAUAUAUCUCGCUCAUUAUUCCUAUUACAGGGGAAUUCUUCCGUUAGUAUGCUGGUUCAAUUAACAGGGACAGUCCAGAUUUUUGAAUGCCGGGCAAGAGAUUUAGCUACCCAAACAGCUUACCAUGGGCUUUGAAUGUGAGAUACAUCAUGUGUCCCUUUAGGCGCAGCGAGUAAAUGGUCCAAUUCUGGCCUACCUUUUACUCCUAGGGAGAAUGAGACAUCUUAGUGAACCAGUUACUAGAUAAUUAAAGAAGUUACAAAAUGUGUUGGUCAUGCCCCCCAUAUCCUUGCAUAUCGGUGCUCCUUUCCAAACGAGGGUCCAUCACAGUUUGUCUGCCACCGUCCAAUUUUUAGUACAUCUCUGUUCCGCUAUACUGUCUGCUCAAAAUGCAAAUAUAUAUUUUGCAUCCCAUUUCCAGUGGCAUAUUAUUAUUAUUAUUGGCAUUUAUACUUAUUCCCCUUUACAAUAUUAUAAAAGGGGGGCAUUUAACAAUAAGUGAGACAAUUAGAAAAUGUUACAGGAACAAUAGGUUGAUGAGUAUCCUACUCAAACUAGCUUACGUAAAGAUCACAAGGGAUGCAAAUCUAAAAGGGGCUGGCACUUCUGCACUUUAUAUGAUUUCAGUCUAGAAAUUAGGAGCUUUUAGGUCUUUAAUUCCAGUUGCCAGAAAACGUUGGUUUGUGGCAUUCUGUUUCUUCAGUCACUCAAACCACUCACCUAAACAAGGAGGCAAGGAAAAUUUAAAAAAAAAACUCCAUCCUGGUAAUCAAAUCUCCAAAUCUAACACUCCUCUGUGUUAAACGGGUGCAACAGAAGGUAUAAACAUUAUAAAUCUUCAAACACAAUGCCACAGCUAUACCGUCCAUGAUAUUCCAAGUGGCCUCUUGUCUUCAGAAAAGAUGUAGUGGUCCAAAGUCUACUCUUAACAGGAUAUUUAUUUUAUAUAAAUGGUAUACUUACAAAGUACUAAAACACACGGUAAUUGUUACAAACGUAAAACUAAAUAUAUUUGAUUGGAAGUGUACACGUAAUAAAAGAAAAUUUCCUCUGUUCUGAACCAUUGCUAAAUGUCUCCUUAUUGCGAAGAAGUGUUGACAUACGUGGUAUUAUUAUAACCCUGUUAGGCUGGUAUGUGUGAUGGCUUUUGGUGUCAGGGGAUCCUGCAACCUGAUCCGCCAUUGUGAAAUCAUUCUUCUGAUAGAAUCCACAGCGUUUGGACUUCCUGUGGCAUUUGCUCCCCACGGAGAAGAGAUCAGAGCACCGAACACAUUUGGGGAAUCCUGUAUUAUAUCUGCAGCUGUGCUACUACUCUGCAUUCAAAAGUGCCAUAUAUCACUCUAACUCAAAGAACAUUUUACCAUGUCUUCUUUUGUUGAUAGUUUCACAAAGGGCUUGACAAGCCCCACAAGCCAAAAAGCCGCAGAUCCUAAAAAUAACUUUUGCUGCUAUCUCCUAAUCUAUUUGUUUUGUCUUAGUAAUGCAGAGUCUAGGCUUUCCUGCGUCCCCAGUGGAGCAGAAUUAGGAGAUCUGGUUUGGGAACCCCUGUUUUAUAUAGAACACUCUCUGCAACUAUCUCCUCCCAAAAAUUUUUUUUUUUUUUAAAUUACUCUUCAAUGGGUCUUUAUUGGAAAACUAUACACAUAAUCACCAGUCCCUGUGGUUACUGCCUAAAUAAUAAAUUAAUCUCCUUUAUAUUUUAUCGGAUUUAGGAUCCUUGUUUUCAUAGUCAACUUUCGCAAAACUAAUUAUUUUUCUCGGUUAAAAUCUUUUUUAUAAAUCUCCCCGAUUUUGUUAUGCCUCUGUCCUGUUGCCCUUUUCACCUAACCGUGUCUUCUCUCUUGUCUAUCAGUUGGAGAAUUGUGCGCAUGCCAGUUGGGCCUGGUUGGAACUUAUAAACCCUGUUAACCGGCUGCUUUUAUUCCCCCAGUGCACGAGAGCAGCUGUGAACAUCAUGUCCACAGUGGAGAAAUAGGUCCAGUAGAGAUUAACCAAAUGUGUUUCAACGUGAAGUUGAUUUAUUUGGCUGUGUACGUGCAGAAUAGUCUGUCUUGUCUUCCAUCUAUUUUUCCGAUCCACACAUUUAUUCCCGUGGCGCUGCUGGGUUAAAGCCCCUUCAGCCACUUACCUUAUUCCAGUGCCGGGCUCCCUCAGCGCUGGUGACCUCUCCUCCCCCGCCGAUGUCAGCUCCCUCUGCCGCGCGCGCAUUUAAGUUGUCAAUAGGAAAGCAUUUCUCAAUGCUUUCCUAUGGACGCUCUGCGUGAUGGAGGCAUUAAAUGCCUCCAGCGUCGCAGAUGCGCCUCUAGUGGCUGUCCAGAAGACAGCCACUAGAGGCUGGCUUAACCCUGCAAUGUAAACAUAGCAGGUUCUCUGAAACUGCUAUAUUUGCAUCUGAAGGGUUAAAACCUGAGGGACCUGGCACCCAGACCACUUCAUUGAGCUGAAGUGGUCUGGGUGACUAUGGUGUCCCUUUAAAUUUGAAAUGAACUUGAAUUCCUGAAAAUGAUCACUUCGGUGAAUAACCUUGUCAGCCUUUGUGCUCCGGACAUACAGGGCACCAGAAUACGAGAACAGGACAGAAUUCCAAAUUAGAGCGGUUUGUUGCAAGACUUAGACACUUGGCAGGUAUGCAUUCUAGCUGCCUGUCUUGAAUGGCAAACAUAUCCUGCUGAUUUAUGUUGUGUGUUUCUGUAGUGGCACAAAUCAGAUUUAUAUAUCGCAGGAGGCCGCGUGCCUUUCAUUAAGAAAAUGAUUGCAUUUUAAUCUGGGCAGUAUAACUUUAAUGUAUCCGCUUGUAUUAAUAAUUUAGAGUAUUGACAUAGUGACUUCCAGGAGAAUUUGUCUGAUCUCUUUUUUUUUCUUCCAUUUUUUUUAAAAGCCACUCUGUCAUCAAAAAUAAACUUUAUCUAACCUGCUUCUAUAUAGCUCCCUGUGUCUGAAUCGUUUUUUAUUUUUAUUUCCUGAGUGCUGUAAUUUCCAUAAAAUACAUAAGGAAAAGCAGAUACAUCCUUUUUCUCGUGUAUAGCAGUCAAGGGACACUAUUGGCACCCGGAGCAAACAUGUAUUCCUGACACUGUAAAGUUGUUCGGCACCCAGCGUGGAGCAAUAAGGUGUUUCAGCUCACCUUUUGUCCCACGCCACACUGGUCAUAGGAAAACAUUAGAAAGCUAUUGUGCAUGCGCAACACUGCAUCAAUCAACAUCUCCUCGUAGAGUUGCUUUGAAUCAAUGCAUCUUUUUAAAGGAAAGUCCAGCGCCUCAAUGUAGAGCUACGUAGACACUGAACGCCAGUGCUGCACAAUUUGCAGCACUGACCCUGGAAGCACCUCUAGUGGACAUCUGAGCGACUGGCACUAGAGGUGUAACUAGCCAACAAUGUAAACACUGCCUUAUCUCUGAAGAGGCAAUGUUUACAUUAAAAACCCUGCAGGGCCUAGCUAAAGACACCAGAACCACACAUUCAGCUAUAGUGGUUCUGGUGACUAUAGUGUUCAUUUAAAAUGCAAGAAGCACGAGGAAAGGAACCCCUCCUCUCCUCCCUCCCCCCACCCCCCCAAAAAAAACCAAAAAAAAAACUUGACAUGGCCUCUUUACGUUUCACAAAGGAAAGCCACCUUUCUUCAGUUUGUUGGUUGCUUGCAAAGUUUGCUUGUUGUACAAUGUUGCAGAAUAUAUUAUCACUUUAUAAACACCAUAUGUACAUUCUUACUUACGUUUACAGCCAAACCCUAGGUCUAGGUCAAACUCUGCAAGAUCUUGGUUAUGUUUAUCAAUCAAUUUAUGAUAACAUUGCUUUAACUCUGCUUUGUUGCACUAAAAUCUUCAACUAACAUUUUUUUUUUUUUUAGGUGGAAGCCCUAAUCUUGGCUGUACGAAAAAUGCCCGGAAAAAGAAACAGAGGAGGAACAGAACAACAUUUAACAGCAACCAACUGCAGGCUCUGGAGAGGGUAUUUGAGAGGACACACUAUCCUGAUGCCUUUGUACGAGAGGAUUUGGCACGGAGGGUUAACCUGAGUGAAGCCAGAGUACAGGUGAGUGUCACCAUCUAUCCUGUUCGAUUGAUUUAUUUUUAAACCUUUUGGCUGCUCUGCUAAAACUCUCAUUACAUACCUAGGAAAUAACAUUGAUGGCCAAUCUAGAUAGAUCAUUUUUGGAUUUUGAAAUAUGAAAAAUUACAAUUUGUCGCCUUCGAUAAUAUAUAAUGUUAUGGUAGAGUUUCAGGCACAGUUUGGGGAACGUAAUAAGUACUGUGUAGAUUAGUAAUGCCCAGGCAUAGGCGACCUUUGGCACUGCAGAUGUUUUGGACUACACCUCCCAUGAUGCUUUGCCCGCAAUAUGUGGAUAAGUGUAUAAGAGCAUUAUGGGGGAUGUAGUCCACAACAUCUGGAGUGCCGAAGAUUGCCUAUCCUUGGCCUAGACACUCCAGCUGUGAUUGUCUACAUUUCCCAACCAGCUAAAUAUUACUUUAUAAUACUACCCUAUUACUGAAUAUAUUUCUUUUUUUACAGACAAAUUGACCCUACCUUUAAAAAAAACUCAGUAAAACUGGUCUUACCUUCCAAGUGGCACUCUUUGUACCCCACGUCGCUCUUUCUUACUUUUGCAUUCCUUCUUCUUAGGAGCUCAGAAUCAUUGUAUGGGCAUACCACUGCAGCAGAGCUCAGAUUGGGGCCCAAAUCCACAAACAGUCCAGGAUUUGAGAAUUUCUCAAUUUUAUUCCAAUUGGGGAUAUUCAAAAAACUUGGACUGUGGGUGAGCCUUGAAUAUUUGGGUAGGGAAACAUUUGUCUAUCAUGGAUAGAACAUCACAGACCUCUGCAGCUAGAUGUCUCAGAGUCAUUUGUUGUAUAGUUGUGUUCUUCUCAGAGCUCCAAACCAUUUAAGCUCUCAGUUGUGUGCUCUCCACGGCAAUAAAGUAUUGACGUGUGUGUAUGAGCAUAUAACAAUGCUUGACAGCAAAUAUAUAAAUGAAUGUGAGUUACACAGCAGUAACACACACAAUAAUAUGCAGUGGGUUUAUGUGUCACACAGAGCUCCAUCGCAUGAGAUUCUACAGUCACCUUUCAUGGUGCUUGCUUGUUGCAGAUGUACCAAGACGUGCCAAUCUUGACCUUCCUGUUGUUGUUGUUGUUAUUAUUAUUGCUAUUUAUAUAGCGCCAACUAAUUCUGCAGCACUUUACAAAAUUGUUAUCAAAGUUAACCCAUAAGCCCAUUUUCAGCAGAUAUACAGGGGAUAUGCACUAAAGCUAAUAGUUUCAUUAUUGAAAAACCAUAAAGAAAAGAUUGCGGUUUCUUGCAUUAAGUCAUUUGUGGCCAUACUUAAAGGUCUCAUAGAAAGCUAAAAUAUACCAAAAAAAAGUGUGCAAUAUACAAUGGCGCCAUGUGUGUUAUAAGUGCAGCCAAAUCCCACUUUGAAAUCAAUCACCCAAUUUCACCAUAAUUGAAAGUCCAAACCAAAACAAAAAAGGGUGGCGCACUCUAUUUAAUAUUGCAGUUAUGUACAAAUGCUCAGUGGCUUAGUGUAUUACAUAAAAUUAUAUAUAUCCCUCUAAGAUCUUUCUUCCGCUAAUAGCUGAAAUAAAUAAAUACUCAUAUAGGUUAGUACAGCCAAUGUAAUAUAAAUAGUACACUCAGUGUUAAAGGACCACUAUAGUGCCAGGAAAACAAACUCAUUUUCCUGGCACUAUAGUGCCCUGAGGUUAAACACUUACCUUUCUCCAGUGCCGGGCUCCCUCAGCGCUGGGGACUCUCCUCCUCCUUCGGUCGUCAUUGGCUGAAUGAGCAUGCGCGCGCAUUCAGCCAGUCAAUAGGAAAGCAUUCUCAAUGCUUUCCUAUGGACGCUGGCGUCUUCUCUAUGUGAAAAUCGCGGAAGCGCCUCUAGCGGCUGUAAAUGAGACAGCCACUAGAGGCUGGAUUUACCCUAAAGUAAACAUAGCAGUUUCUCUUCACAUCAGGCAGGGUUAAUCCUAGAUGGACCUGGCACCCAGACCACUGAGCUGAGCUGAAGUGGUCUGGGUGCCUAUAGUGGUCCUUUAAGCUUAAUCACAUCUCUCUCACUUUUUUUGAGCCUGUAAAAUACUGACUCAGGUAAUUUGGCCCUGGAGUGGUUACAAUUUCUUGUGUGUAAAUCUUGUAAUUAACUUGUCUCCAAUAAAAAAUUGAGAUUAAAAGAGAACCUAAUUAAAAUAAUGCAUCCAAUUUAUUCACAUAAAACAUACAAACCCUUACAUCAUAGUAAGGAGCUUUCAACCAAAGUUCAGUCCUGAUGAUUCCAAAUACAACACGUUUCGACCCACUUAGGGUCUUCCUCAGGUGUAGGAUGUCCACACAGGUACAGGCUCAUAGAAAGCUAUGAAAACAGUAAGCUUAUAACAACAGUGACUAUUCUAAAGUGGGGCUGUCAUAAAGGGAAACAGUGUCAAAUGAGCACCAUAACCCACACUGUCACUAUACGUUAGGUACUUGGUGUGUCCCUUUAAAUCCACAUGGUAUGAUGAUAAUGUGCAGGUGUUUUGCAAGUGGUGACUUUUAUGUAUUGGAUUGCUAGUCCCUUUUAUGUCAUUUUUUGGCAAUUUCCACAACACAGAAAUGCCACGUUGUUAUCAUUUGAGACACUUAAUUGCUCUUUCUGGUUCUUGAAAGGUCUGGUUUCAAAACCGAAGAGCCAAGUUCCGCAGGAACGAGAGAGCCUUACUUGCCAGUCGGUCGUCUUCUCUCUUGAAGUCUUACAGCCCUGACAUUGUUGUGGAGCAGCAAGUUACCCCCAGAUCUGCCACCUUGACGCCGGAAUACCUGUCCUGGAAUUCUAACAGUAGCUACAGGUGAGAGAGAGCUAAAUACAUAUAGAAUGAGCUCUGUUAAAGGGCCGGCAUGCCCUUAGCUGCUAAAUAUACUGAGUUUCCAAGGGUGAGGCUCGAGAAGAGAGGACUAUUCACUAAACAAUACAUUGUGGUGAAAUGACCAUCAAAUAAGAAAAUUUAGGUUAGAAAAAUGGACUUGUUGGAAAAGCUCCCAAAACCUUGUAUAUUACAAUUUUUCUAUUUCUGGUGUUUUAAAGGGAUACUAUAGGUACCUAGACCCAUGGGCGUACCUGGGGCAUGUGGCAACCAGGGCGGGCCCUGGGUUUGGCACCCCCCCCUUCUCCAAAAAAAAAAAAAACUACUACAUUUUUAAAAUGUGUUAUAUUUUUUACAUUUUUUAAAACAUUUAUUGAACAAAGUUGUAAACUUUUUAAAACCCCUGCCACUCUCUACAAAAUCCCUGCACCCCCCUCACACACAGUUACAGACAGAUAGUCAGACACAGUUACAAGCAGACAGUCACACUCACACAGUCACAUGCAGACAGUUACACAUAUAGUCAUACACACAGUUACAGGUAGAGAGUUACACACACACACACACACACAGUCAGUUACAAGCAGUUACACACAGUCACGCACACUGUUACAGGCAGACAGUCACAUAUACAGUCACACACACGGUCACAGGCAGACAGUCAUACACAUAGUUACAGCCACAAACACACACAGUUACAGGCAGUUACACACACAGUCAGUUACAGGCAGUCAUGCACAAAGUUACAUGCAGACAGUCACGCACGCACACGGUUACAGGUAGACAGUUACGCGCACACGGUUACAGGUGAGGCAGUUAAGCACAUACACACAGUUACGGAGCAGACCGUUACACACACACACACACACACAGUUACACACACACACUGGCAGACAGUCACACACAGUUACAGAUAGGCAGUCACACACACACCUGAUUACAGACAGACAGUCACACACACACACACACACAGACAGUCACACACACACACACACACACACAGUUACAGACAGUCACACACACACACACAGUUACAGACAGACAGUCACACACACUCUUAUACUUACUUACAGUGUGGGCUGGAGGAGUGGAUUCAUUGAAGUCCUUCCCUGGAGCCUGGUAGGUGGAGGUGCAGCAUUAACAGCAGCCCCUGCUCGCGGUUAGGCUCCGCCCCUUCUUCCUCCCGUGCGGCCAGUUAAUCUUGCUGGUCUCCGUGGGAGCUGUAUGACACCCCAGCUGCCAUGGGGCACAGCCCACACAGCCCCCUCCAGCCCCAAGACCAGGGUCAAGGCACCCCCCUACCAGGUGGCACCUGGGGUGGACCGCCCCCUCCGCCCCCCUCCCCCCCCCCUUAGUCACCCACUGCCUAGACCCCUUCAUCACAUUGCAAUGGUCUGGGUGCAGUGUCCCUGUCAUUUUAGCCCUGAAGCUGCACUAUAGUAGUUUCAGAGAAACUGCAAUGUUUACAUUGCAGGGUUAAGCCUGCCUUUAAUGGCACUCUUCCAGACAGCCACUAGAGGUGCUUCCGGCAGGCUCAGACUUUAACUCGCUUUGCAUGAAGACGUCCAGCUUCUUCUAAAUCUCCAUCGCAAAGCAUUGAUUAGGAAGCAUUAGGUUCUCCCAUCGGCUGACGCCGGAGGAGGAGUCCGACCCAGCACCGAGAGAUAGAGGCGCUGGAAUCAGGUACGUCUGAAAUAGGUUUAUAACCCUUUAUUUGCCACCUGAAGAGAUAGAGGAACACAGUGUUAUAUUCCUAACACUAUAGUGUUCCUUUAAUACUGCCUGCUAAAAGGCAUAGACAUGGCUUCCAACGGAAAUCAACUUACAUUUUCCAUGAUUCUUAACACCCUGAGUAAAUAAACUCCUUUUUUGCUGACAAUGUGACAAUACCUUACUGUGUUCACACACUACUUGCAAGAUCACAUGGCUAAUGAAAGUGGGUUUUCCUAAAAAAGUGGAAACAUUUCAAUAUUAUAUAAUCAGAUGGCAGCACAUAUCCAUUCCAUUCUGCAAGGGCUAAACUGAUUAUAUGUACAAUGUGGGUAUUGACUUGACAUAAUACAUCAAUGGUUUAAUACACUGUAAAACGUAAAGAAACAUGAAAAAUGGAUAAAAAGUCCUCUAAAUAUAUUCCACAAUUUAAAGCGUUUCUCUAGCCGCCAUGACCAAUUCUGCUUUCAGAAUUAAAUAAUCUAACCAUCCAUUUCUAUAGAUUUGCUUGCAGUUUGCUGCACAGCUAAACAGGAGAUCUGGUGGGAUUUAUAUUACACUGUUUAAACUACAUUGUGCACUUGCACAUAAAAAAACACUUGAUUUCCAGUGAAGAUCAUUGACAUUAACUAUUCCCACUCUCAAACAAAAUCAGGAAGUUAAGUAGCUUUUUGUAUGUAAUAUAUUGAAUUGUGAUAUUUUGUUAAAUUAAAGUAAAACUCCAAGCACCGUGACCAUUACAGCAAAUUGCAGUUGUUAUGGUGCCAAGAGUGCCCUAGCACCCCCUCUUCUCCUGAGCAAGGGCUUCUGGCUCUCAAAAGGCUGUAGUGGAGGUAGGGGAAUGACACCCAGCAGACCCCCGGUAAGAUGUCAAAUAUUUUAAUACUACUUACAAUGGGAGAGAGCACCAGCGUACUUUAGGCACCAUAACCACUACAUCAAGAUGUAGUGGUUAUGGUGCUUUGGGUUUUUUUCUGUAAGUGUUACAGAAUGCGUACUCAUUAAUUUAUGAGUACCGCUAGUACUAUAUAUUUUUUGGUUUUGAACAUUUGAUAAACUUUAAACUUAAUCUGGCCACUUGCAUGAAUAGAAUUUUUUCAUGUAUUAUUCAUACUAUCAUUGAUUUUUUUUUUGUCUUUUCAGCAAUGCCAGCUUGCCACCCUACAGCCCAACAACCACUGCUACCACAACGGUGCCCACGCAGGGGGUGAACAUGGCGGAUAGCAUUGCCAGCUUGCGCCUUAAAGCCAAGGAGUUCAGCCUGCAUCAAAGCCAGGUGUCUACGGUGAACUGAGACAAAGGUCCAAAGGACUGAAGACUGUGCUAGUGCAAGACACAUGCACGACUUGUGCAAGUCACACCGCUGCUGAGCCCCUGAACACCAGGGGGCAGCACUACACGGAGCCACGUCUAACAUGGCUCGUUUACCACUUCCAAACUGCCAUUACUGCAAACAUGCUGCAAUACAGACUGAUUUGGCAAUACUACCAUCGUGGGCCAUGUUUCAUGAACCGAUUAAUAGGAUAAAGGACUUAACUUUAACUUUCCCCUGAAAGAGACUGAAAAAUAAUUCAACAUUUUGGAUUUCUGGAUUUCUUGUUCGGCUUUUCCCAAUCGUCUUGUUUACAUAGUAUGACUUCUCCCCUUCCCCAAAACCUUGUUUACAGACAUUGAUCCCCAUUACAUGUCUUUCCAGUCAUGUUAGUAUGACCUUCUUCCUGUUCCUAAUCUCUGCAUAGAUUGUCGUCGUCCCCACCCCACCACCACCACUAAUCCCAGUUUAUGUAGUCAUCCUGUGUACAAUCUCUUACUGGGCCCAUUUCUAAUUGAUAUUAGUUUCUACAGUUUGAUCCCCUCCAUUUUUCUUCCAAAUCCCUGAUCAUGUUCUUUGAUGACGUAUUCUUCUUUCUAAUUCAUAUUUUCACAACCUUUCCAUUCUGCUUCCCAAUCCCAGUUUACAUAGCGUGAACCCUCCCUAUUUUUGGACAAUUUACAACUGGUAUUUUCUCUUGCUAAGCCCACUUACGAUAUCCUGAAACCAUCCUAUUUCUUCCUCACCCCAGUUUAGUCGGAACCCUUCCCUUUGCUUCCAAAUCCCAGUUUACAUAUUCCAAACCUGCUCCAUGAUUUAACAAUCUAUGCUUUUCUACCCAAACCCACGUUAUACAGUCUCAGCUCACCCCUUUUCUUACCCAGCCUCGGUUUAUAGUCUAAUCCCAUCCCUAUUCUCCUCUCAUUCCAGGUUUACAUAUUAUGAACAUGCCGCGUUCUCUCUCCAAUCCCUGAUUACAAUAGUUUGUAAUUGCCCCUUAUCUCGUCCCUGUCCCAGAGCAUCUCUCCUUUCUAUCCUUGUUUACAUGUUUCGGAUUAAGUCUUUACAUUUGUCAUAAAAUCUGUGUCUCCAGUUAUGUAGGUACUCACUGUGUAUAUAUAAAUAUGUACAUACCAUGCUGUACUCUGUAAAUACGUCCUGCCUUAUAACUCUUGGGAGACAUAUUAUUUGCAGUUAUAGGAUUUGCUACUGUUCUGUUUCCUAGGAAGCAAGCAUUUACCAAUAGGGGAUACUUUGUAAUAAAUUCUUUUAGUGGAACCUUGGUUUUCCUAUAACCUGCCUUUUACAGUAAAUACACUUAACCCUUUCAUGACCAUGAUUAUAUAAAUCCUCUGUAAUUGUCACAGUAGGGCCAUCAUUGGUACUGAUGGGGCUGAAUACAUUUUUUACAGUCUGAUAUAUGUGUGAAAUAUUUAAAAAACAUUUAUGUGAAAGUGUCCCCUCCCCAUGCAUGCAUUGGGGUGAUUAAAACAGUCCCUAAACUGAUCAAAAUAAUUGAAAAAGAAUUACAGUUACACUAUAUAUAACAUGGGUCUACAUGUGUGCUGAAUACUAAUAGCAGAAUAAUUUACUUUUCUCUAAACCAUGUAAAAUCUCUUUUCAUUAACUUAAAAAUUGCUGGGUAAACUAUAUGAGAUUUAAAAAUGAAUCAUAGUAAACAGUGAUUUGAAGUGUUCCUGGUGCCUGGAGUCUGUAUGUGCUGCACAUACGGAGUGUAACCCCUUUGCUGCCACGGUGUAACUUCACAAACGGCAGUGCCAUUGGUGCGGAAUUAGCCAGCCUGCUCUCGGCCAAUGAAUGGCUGGCAGGAUUGGCUUCUGUCGCUAUGCAGGACUCAGAUGCACGUCACAGGUCGUUGAGGCCCCUUGGCAGAGGCAAAACGGAUUGCCACAUUGGCAAGAAACAGGGUCAGAGUACUUCUG